UUUUAUUUCUGCACUCUUCUCUUCUAGUAUUAUUUUAGCUUUACAAAUUAAAAGUUUACAAAAAGAAACGUAGUUCUGUUAAUCCUUGAUAUCAUAUAAAGAAAGAAUAUCAAUGGAGCUACCAGUUCCCAGUAAUACUUUAGCAUCUAAAGCAGCGGCUUUCUUGUUUAUGUUUCUGCUUGUAAACAUAGCAUGCCAAGCUCAACUUACCUCCACGUUUUACGCCAAUUCCUGUCCAAAUGCUCUUAGUACUAUCAGAACUUCCAUCAGGAAUUCAAUUGCAGCAGAUCGGAGAAUGGCAGCUUCUCUCAUCCGUCUUCACUUUCACGAUUGCUUCGUUCAGGGUUGUGAUGCCUCUAUCUUACUCGACGAGACUCCAACUAUAGACAGUGAAAAGAAUGCAUUACCCAAUAAGGAUUCUGCCAGAGGCUACGGAGUAAUAGGCAAAGCAAAAUCUGAAGUAGAGAAGAUAUGCCCAGGAGUUGUAUCUUGUGCAGAUAUACUAGCUGUGGCAGCAAGGGAUGCUUCUGCUUAUGUGGGUGGUCCAUCAUGGACAGUGAUGCUUGGAAGAAAAGACUCAACUACUGCAAGUCGAACUUUAGCGAACACUGAACUUCCUAGUUUUAAAGAUGGCCUCGACAGACUUAUUUCUAGCUUUCAAAUCAAAGGCCUUAGUGCAAGGGAUAUGGUUGCUUUGUCGGGUGCUCAUACACUUGGUCAAGCUCAAUGCUUUACAUUCCGCGAUAGGAUUUACAGCAAUGGACCUGAUAUUGAUGCUGGAUUUGCUAGCACUCGCCGCCGUGGUUGUCCAGCUAUUGGGGAUGAUGCAAAUUUGGCUGCGCUUGAUUUAGUCACACCCAAUUCUUUUGACAACAAUUACUUCAAGAAUCUGAUACAAAAGAAAGGUCUUCUUGAAUCCGAUCAAAUUCUUUUCAGUGGAGGUUCUACGGACAGCAUUGUGUUGGAAUAUAGCAGGAGCCCUGCAACUUUCAAUUCUGAUUUUGCAUCUGCCAUGAUCAAAAUGGGAAACAUCCUCAACGCGAAUGCAGGGCAGAUAAGGAAGAUUUGCAGUGCUGUUAACUAGUCUGUGCUGUCCUUUUUAGUGUUGUCAUCUCUCAUUGAUUAACUGUAAAUGAAUAUUUGCUAGCUAUAACAUAAGUAUCCCUCAACAAAUUAUUUGUCAUUCCUUUUAUUAUUUCAUCAACUGUAAAACACUGUACUUCGUUUACUCUUUCUCAUACUCGUAAUUCAUUUGAUUAAUUUAGUUUUA